AUGGACCGAUGUCCCAAUUCGCGACAUGUGUAUCAUUGGGAACACAGCCCGUCCGCAUAUGAGCCGCGUCUGCAGGUGAACCCACAGCUUGAGCCCCCAGAGUCGCGUUUCGUAGUUUCCACAGCUGGGUCAGAAGGCUGGCAAGACGGUUUAAGCAGUGCCACUCAGUCGCAAAACAUCCACGGCUCCGUGAUUUUUGACUGGCGAUUGUACUCCUCAUUGCACGGUGGAUCAGCCAUUCUCCUAAAUUUCUCAAUGUCCGCCGUGCCACAUAUCGCACUUAUUAGAAAACUUAGUGGCGCUGGCGACGAUUUUGAGAGGGUUCUUCCAGAUAUGGAGGAGUUGGAUGCUAGAGAAGAUGGGUCAACACAUUUGGGAUACCUUGCAGGCUUAUGA